AGUUCUAACCAAAACCCUAACUCCUUCAACGGUUCUGCCGCCGCCGUCCGUGGUUGUCGGCGCCUCCGUGGCCUCCUCCUUCCGCCUGUCCCGAUCCCAGCCCCCUCUCUUGUAGCUCGGCACCGUCCCCAUCCUCCCGUGGCUUCUCUGGUUGUGGCUUCGAGCUAGUUGCCAUCGUCUCCCCGCUCGCUAUCAUCUCGCCGCUCUUUGUCCUGCUCGCUGCUUACAGUAACCAUGGUUGACGGGGAAACUUCACAUUUAGCCCUGGGAGCAACCAUAGUGAACACGGGUCUCUUUUAUACGGAUAAUCAUAGUCCGAGGAACAUGGCCAGAAUAGAAAUUUUGGAUGGUGUCGUCAAGUUAGCAGCUUUUGAAACAAAUUGUAAGGUGGUCAAAGUCCCCACCCACGACCAGGAUUUAAUAGACCGCAUGUGCCACCGCUUUGGACUGUCGUCGGAAAGAGCGUACGAAGGGAUUCUUCCCACUAUCACUUACUUUAAAGACGCAAAUUGGGCUUACUUUUGUUAUAAGAACUACGACACCGACUUUCACACUUUACGUGACAAUGGGUUAACAGAUUUGGUGGCACUCAAGAGGGCUUGUCGCAGAUUUGUGUCAGGACUAGAGAAACUUCACCGGUCAAAUCAGUCUCACGGUGAUGUAACUUGUUACCAUUUAGUAACAAGCAACGGCGAUGGGUUUUUGGGCGGAAGCAUAGGACCAUCUUUGUUAGACACGUAUACCCGUGGUCAUGGGGGAGCUUCAGUGUUGGUUACUGAUCCUUUCAAGAAGGAUAUGGUUGACCUUGCAAAAGCCAUCGAGGAUUCCAUCCAUCCAAACAUUCUUCCACUAGGCUAUCCUAAUACUGAACUUGGAAUGUUUAUUUAUUUUUUGAAGCACCACAACAGACUGAACUCAAUAACACCACACCCCUAUGUUUUGACUUCAAUGGAAGUCCGUGAUUUUUACGUUACGGUUCGAGAGGAUUUUAGACCCAUAGCCCGUGGCACUUUGAACAAUGAGUUUCGAUCCCGUAAAUCGGCUAGGAGUUUUCCUAAUUCAAGACUCGGCUGGCAUCCUGUCGUACGUGACUCGGCCGACCAAACUCUUGGAGCUUUUGGGUAUGCAAAUUAUCAUAAUGAUGAUAUGGGCUUAGUGACGUUUAUUAGAGAUUUCUGGGUGCACGCACAAAAAGACGGUCAGGUUAGUGUCUUGGAGCAUUGUGAUGAUAUACACAGACUGCUUGAGGAAACUUUCCCCGGGUAUUCGGGUAUUGUAUAUGAGGUGGCACUUUUGGGCCGCCACGGGAGAAUAAUAUUUUAGAUAUUCUAUAAACUACAAACUCAUGAAGAAACGAGUAAGGCACUCUGCUCAGCAAAUUCAACUCAGAACACAAGAUCGACGCCAUGUGCUCAAGGAUUUCUCCAGAAUGCUAGAUAAUCAAGUUUCUGUGUUUUCAAUUUUCAUUACUGCCAAUGGUCAACUUAGAUUCUAGUUGUGUGUUAACAUUGGUUUCAAUCACUCUCUAAAUGUUACAAAUCAGAUUGAGAAGAUUGUCCUUUUCCUUGUUGAGCAACAAGGGAUUUUGGCAAACAAGAUAUGGACUAAUUUGCUGAAGCCUUUGUAAACUUGUGAAGGGUGAAAUGUGUCAGCAUAGAGUACAGAUAACAGAAUAGCAGCCAUUUCGUUUUCCUUGUCA